UUUUAGUGAUUCGAACAGCUUUUUAGUGACAGCACGUCAUGUCAGUAUCCAAUCUGUCAAAAAUCGAGUCAAUAUUCCGAUUGCAAUGCAAUCACUGUUAAAUUUCUAAUCAGAUCAUAAUCAGUUUACGCUGUGUUAAGUUGGCCGUGGAAAAUAGUGUAUUGAAUGUAGUAAAAGGGGCGGAUGGGUUUAGCGUGGCCGUAACUAAGGACUGAGCGCGCACCAUGGCUAUGUCCAAAGGAUUUAAAGUGUUGGAAAAGUCGUGCCCACCAAAUCCCUACAGUAUAAUCCUACAACACAGAAACAAAGAUACUGCUUUACUGUUUGAAUCUCAAGCUGUGGUCUCACUUUCACCCCAGGAGACUGAAACUUUUCGGAAACAGUUUCACAAAAUCGCUGACGCUUACGCCUGCCUAGGCGUUCUGCAGCUGAAUUCCGGGGAAACCUGUCUGCUCUACCUAGUGCUGGUGACCGGAUGCUGCUCCGUGGGAAAGGUGGGCGAUGUCGAAGUCUUCAAAAUUACCCAAACACAAUUUUUACCUCUCUUUUAUCAGACUAAUGAUGACAAAGUCUCAGAAGUAAAGAAAUUACUCAAUUCGGGAACUUUCUAUUUUUCUUGGAACACGGGAAAAUCAAACGAUAAUCUCUUUGAUCUCACCCUCUGUGCACAACGCAAAAGCAAAGGAGCUAAUCCUGAUAACAGAUUCUUUUGGAACAGAACUCUUUUUAUACAUUUGAUAAGGUAUGGAAUUGAUUGUGAAGAUUGGCUCACAAGAGCUAUGUGUGGGUCAGUGGAAAUAAGAACCAUCUAUGUGGGGCAUCGUCAAGCCAGAGCGGUGGUAGUGUCCCGUCUGAGCUGUGAAAGAGCUGGCACUCGUUUCAAUGUCAGAGGAUGCAAUGAUGACGGCAAUGUUGCCAAUUUUGUUGAAACUGAACAAUCAAUUUACAUAGAUGAUUCCGUGGCAUCUUAUAUUCAGACCAGGGGAUCGGUUCCUCUGUUUUGGGAGCAGCCAGGAGUACAAGUUGGAUCUCAUAAAGUUAAGAUGUCCAGAGGCUAUGAUGCCUCUACCAGUGCUUGCGAUCGGCACUUCUCUGCAAUGAAGCGUAAUUAUGGGUCUGUGAUUGUGGCAAAUCUUCUAGGAUCAAGUUUGAUCGGAGGAAGUGAAGGUGAAGCCACUUUGAGCAAUGCUUUUCAGAAACACCUUAACGAGUCUGCUCAUGCGGAUAUUGUUCAGAUAAUCUUUGAUUACCAUCAGGAAGUUCGAGCCUCAUCCAUUGAAGGAGCUUUAGGGAAAUUCAAAAAGAUAAUAGAGAAAUAUUAUGAUGAAAUGGGGAUUUUCAGUGCCAAAAGUGUUGACAUCUACAAUAUCCAGAAAGGUGUUAUCCGAACAAACUGUCUCGAUUGCCUGGACAGAACCAAUUCUAUUCAGACAUUUAUUGGGCUUGAAAUGCUCAAUAUACAGCUUAUGCUGCUCCAAUGUGUUGACAAGAAACAAAAUGUGAAUAGAUUUGAGGAAGUUUUUAAACAGAUGUGGGUGAACAACGGCAAUGAAAUAUCGAAAAUUUAUGCAGGCACUGGAGCUAUCCAAGGUGGCUCCAAAUUGAUAGAUGGAGCUCGUUCUGCAGCCCGCACCAUACAGAACAACUUGUUAGACAAUUCUAAGCAAGAAGCUAUUGAUAUUUUGCUUCUAGGUUCUACUUUAAACUCUGAACUUGCUGAUCGUACUAGGAUCCUCUUACCAGCUAAUCUACUGCACGCAUCCCCUCCGGUGCUGAGAGAAAUGUGCCGCAGAGUUAAUGAGUACACAACACCAUCCUCUAUAAGGAUUACAAUCGGCACAUACAAUGUGAAUGGUGGUAAACACUUUAGAAGUCUCGCCUAUAAAGACGUCAGUUUGGCCGACUGGUUGCUGGAUUGCCCGAACAAUGCAUUAGUGAACACUGUCCAAGGCAAGGAUCAUCCUUCUGAUAUAUUUGCGAUUGGCUUUGAAGAAAUCGUCGACCUUAACGCCAGCAACAUUAUGGCCGCCAGUUCUGACAAUGCAAAGGCAUGGAGUGAGGAGCUAGAAAAAGUUUUAUGCAGAGAUGCACCCUACACCCUUCUCUCCUCUCAUCAAUUAGUAGGCGUGUGUUUAUUUGUAUUUGCUAGAAAAGAUUUAAUUCCUCACAUCCGAGAUGUGGCGCUCGAUUCUGUCAAAACUGGUCUCGGGGGCGCCACUGGUAACAAAGGUGCAGUUGCUAUCAGACUAGUCAUUUACGGAACCUCUGUGUGUUUCGUCUGCGCCCAUUUCGCUGCCGGCCAGUCUCAAGUAACCGAAAGAAACGCCGACUACACAGAAAUCACGAGGAAAGUAGCUUUCCCAAUGGGACGAUCCCUAUACUCGCACGACUACGUGUUCUGGUGCGGCGAUUUCAACUACCGCAUUGACCUGGACAAAGAUGAAGUGAGAUUACUCGUUUCACAGAAUAAUAUGCAGAGGCUUUUAGAGCAAGACCAACUAACGAGACAAAAAGCUCAAGAUCUCGUAUUUAAAAACUGCUUUGAGGGUGAUAUUACCUUCCCCCCGACAUACAAGUAUGAUCUCUUUAGCGAUGAUUACGACACUAGUGAAAAAUGCCGUGCCCCAGCCUGGACGGACCGCAUUUUGUGGCGAAGCCGGAAAUACACUGUCGACCCGGAAGGUACUUCGGAAUUAGCCGCAGGCAAGUUACUCCACUACGGCCGAGCGGAACUGAAACAGAGCGAUCAUCGACCUGUAAUAGCGAUUCUUGAAGUUGAAGUUCUUCAAGUCAGCUACACGAAAUGCAUGGAAGUGUUUUACGAAGUGGUCAAUGAUCUGGGACCUCCAGACGCGACAAUCGUCGUGCAACCUUGCGAUGCCAACAGUGAAUCUGUAUUUGAUGAUAAUUUGGUAGCUGCGGUUUUGCAAGAGCUCUCGACUAUAGGUGAGGUGACUCUUGUGAGGAUCGUUGAGGAUCAUUCGACUUCGUUGAUAAUAACGUUCCGAGAUGGACAGAACGCUCUCGCUGCCGCGCAGAAGGAACAUCUGACCGUUUGCUCAGUUCCUUUGCGCAUCACUUUAAAAUCUCCGAAUUGGGUGGAGGUCGUCAGGUCAGAGUUGAAUCUGUGUACGAAUAAUACGAUUCCGCUGUUCGGUGAGGCCCAAGCGGAGCGGCCGUUAAGAUCGGCGCCACCGACGCCGCGCCGGCAGCAGCCGAGCAGGCCGCCGGCGCCGUCGCCGACGCCACUGGUGCCGUCGCGUGCGCCCGCCGCUGCGGCUAGUCCCGCUCGUCCGCCGCCUCCGCGGCCCGCGCCGAUGGCGCCUGCUGUUGACAAUGGUAAGCCCGCACCACCGCCGUUGGCCUCGCCGCCUCCGAUCUCUUCACCGCCACCGAUCUCUUCACCGCCACCGAUCUCCUCGCCGCCGGCGGACAGCGGGCCGCCGCCGUCGUGCUCGCCGCCUCCUCCUCCGCCGGCAGCCGGUCCGCCCCCACCGGUGCCGGCGCGGCAGGGCGCUCCGCCACCCCUACCCGCUCGCCCGCGACCAGCUUCAUAAAUUCCAUUUACACAUUUCUAGAAUUUGUAAUAACUCGAACAAAUCAUGUACACGGGUAAGUGUUCCAUAGCUCCAUACGUUCCUUUUGUUUACUUAUUUGUUAUUGAAGUUAUUUAUUGCAUUAGAUUACGUAGUAGGUGUCCACUUUGUUAUAAAAUAUAUCAGCUGUAGGUUAGUUAAUGUAGGUCGUGGAAGCUUGAAGAUUUUUCGAGUUUGGUUGGAUAUUCUGUACAUGCGUUGUUAAGUAGUGCAUUGUGUGUUUAGCAAAUCCCGGGCUGAUGAUAAGCUGGCAAUGACGUAGGCGUGCGAAGCAGCUCAUUUAUAUACCUAGGCCGGAUUUUCAUCACUUAUAAAUUAUAGGUACAUAGACAUACUACAUACGUUUAUUGUUAGACAUUGUUACAAUUUUAUAAGAGGUUCUUUUAUGACAGGUUCAGCAUAAGUGGUCUCAUCACUUUGAAGCUCAUGUGCGAUACCAAUCGAAAUUAUCAUUUUCAUUUGGGUAAACACUUAUGUUUAAGAAUUAGUGUAUUUAUUCAUGGGCAUUUCCAUCCGGACGUUUAGCUUCAUCCAAAGGUUCAUCAAAUGCAUAAAAAUUACACGUAUAAUACUUUAAGUAUAGGACCACUAUAUCUCAAUUAAUGUUAAAGUUUAUAAUAUAUUCAUUAAGACGGCUUGGCUUGAAGGAGUUUAAGGCCAUAAAACGAAUCGAUUAUUACCUCAUUCAUCAAAAUCGGCUGAAUAAUUUAUACCUACAUAGCCAGCUAAAACCGCAGCCCUUCAUUUUGACUGUUGCCGUGUCGGGUAAUUAUUGCGCACUAGCAAUGAGCAAAGGCCGAAAUAGAUCAUUUGUAUACGUGGAUGCAAUAAAGCCAAUUUAUUAGAUGAUUUCAUUUAACGAUCUCGGUUUCUCUUGCAUAUACCUAUAUUAUGUAGGAAUGAUAAAUUAUGUUGUGUAAAUGUACUAUAAUUACUUCUAUUUAAAUACGUACAAGUAUCUAAAUUUAUUCUCAAUAUUUUUUAAAGUUUAAGAAGUGGUUAUGCCGUGCUUCGAAUCAGUGGUAAAUUAAUCGAAUGGGAUCAUAGAGGCCCACGCUUAUGGCCUUUCGGUCGAAUUGGGCCCCUCUCGAUCCAGAGGCCCGUAGGGUUUUGCUAGCUUUGCUAUCCUUUAGCUAUUAGUUACCUAACUAAUAACUAUAAGAUAACUAAUAAUAACUAUUAGUUACGCCACUGCUUUGAGUUAGAAUUAUAGCUAUCUAACAGAAUACCUACCUUCCAGUUGUACCAGAACCACUAGAACCAGUUUGUAUAUAUUUAAAGAGAUGCAUCGAGAAAAUAGUUAAAUUGAGAUUUAAAUAUGAAAUGAAUUUAAGUGUUGAUGUGUGUUUAGUAACUAAGGCAAGUACCUAAAUAAUAGGUUCCAUUUCAUAGGUAAGUACCUACUACCUACCAACAUUUUUUUUAAUACUUUAAAAUGUAUCUUGUAUUAUGAUAUACCAAAUAUGAUUAUAGUUAGCUGAGCCGUCAUGUAACCUGUUAGUAUUUUUUUUACAUAAGGACAUGCAUUAUAACGCUAAGUUUAACUGUCGAGCGGUUUUAUAGUUCGUUUUUUUAAGCAUUAGAAAGAAGGUAAACAAUUUGAAGUGUAUAUUUAUUGAAAAACACUUUUGAAAAUAAGUUACGGCAAAUAUGUAACAAUUAUGAAUUAUAUACGAUUAUUUACAUUAUUUUGCUUUCAUACUUGUAAUAGUUACUGAUAAAAAAAGGGUUUUUUGAUUAAGAGACACGUCAAGAUCGCGUAGUCUUUUUCUAAUGCAAAAAAAAACUAACUACAUAUGAAUAAUUUGUAGAUUAUUCCAUCCAGCAGUAAGAGCUGCUAUUUAUCUGUCUUUAUUUACUACGUUACAUUACACUUAACCUUCUGAAUAAGUAGAGAUGUAUUUUUAUUUAAGGGUGUUCGCUAGGCUCUGUAGAUGCAAGGAAAUAUACAGUUGUGUAACUUGUGUAUCAAAGAUCUAUUUCUGUAUCGUUUUAUAAAUCUUAUUAUUUUUUUACUUUUAUAUUUUAUUUUAUUUAAAAUAUCUUCGUACUACUUAUGUUACAUGGUAUGAAUAAGCAAAAAUGCAUUUGUUAUAGAAAAUAAGUUUGUUGUAAUAUUUUAAUCCAGUGAGGUGUAAAGAUGUUCAUUAUGUAUGUAGAAAAAUUGGGUAUAUUUACAUAGGCAAUGUAAAUCAUGAUUAUGUACCUAUCUAUCUAGGUAUGUACGAUCGCCAUCAGAUAUAUCGCAGCGGCCAAGGUGUUCACAAAUAUCUGAACACACUAACACCUUGAUAAUAGAGGUGUAUUCAGAUAUUUGUGAGCGCCUGUCAUCAUGUCAGUUGUAUUUUUACUGGCGAGGAGGAUUUCCAAUAUUCCCAUUGGCUUGCCAAUUUGUUAUCAUACUAAUAGACCAGCAAUUAAUAUUUCCAUAUAUAUUAUAUUCUAUUUAGAAUUUGAACGCCAUCUAUUUUUGUUAAACAGACAAUAUAUUUCUUGGGAAGUUCGCUAAAUUACGUUGUGCACUCAAGUCUCAUUCCCUUGGUACCUUUUUUGCUUUCUAUUUAGCUGUGUGCAAUGAUGAGGAAUGCGGCUUAAUAUGGAUAUUACAAGUCUGUACAGUUUAUUAGUCUCUGCUACAAUAGCAACGGUUAUUUGGUGUUGCAUCACAUAUACAUUCAUUAUCAUUAUGUAAGAUGCACUGAGGUAACGUCCAAAGCGGGAUAAUUUUAGAAAAUGGCAAAUUUAUAUCUACUAAAUUAGAAGCACUUCCUACUGUAGCAACAGUAAAGCAAAAUGCCUUGGUAACAUUGACUUAUCUUAUACCUAUCUAAAGUCCUUACGGGCAAUGAGAAAGGGGCAAGUACAGUGGUGUCACGCACACGAAUUCGAGCCAAUCGUGCAGUUGCAGUCUAACGCCACAACGCGAUUGGUCGAUAAGUUCGCAACUUCGCAUCACGCGCGCGAUUGGUCGCAACUAGUUGCGUUAGACUUCACGGUUGGCUCGAAUUCGUGAGUGACACCACUGAACUAGCACCAUUCUUAGUGCCCAAAAGGCCCUUUAGAUAUAUGUCAAUGCUUGGUAAGCGUUGCAAUAGCGUAAGUGUUGCUAAAGUGUGAAAUGCUUCUGGUUUUAUAGAUAUUUGCCAUUUUCAUAAUUAUUCUGCUUUUGAAGUUAGCCCACUGCAACUUAUAGCAUUUCUUAUGACUCUUAUGAUUUAUGACAACACACGAAUGUAAAUCAUAGACUGUUUAAUUAUUGAGUGCUUUAUGAAUUGUUAGUGUUAAACGAAUUCUGCAAUAUAGCUGGCAUCUGUGUUAUGUUACAUGUAUAUUAUGUGAAAUAUAGAAUUGUUCAAGCAUUCAUUUUAUUUUAUUUUCCUUAAAGAUUACAACUCUAAAACAGGGUUAUU